AUAUAAUAUUAAAAAAAAAAAUCUAACAACGUAAAUGUUUUAGAUAAUUAAAUAUAACAUUAUAAAUAAAAUUGCAAUCAAAACGCUAUUUUUAAUUGAGACCAUUGAGUUCUUAUCACAUUGUGUAUUAAAAUAUAGUAUAAAUAACUUAUGGAGACAUGACCACUUGAAAUGUCUCAUAGAAGAAGUAGUUGCCAAGCAAAUGAUUUAUUCCCUAGAGAAAUUGACAUUGAAAUAUGUUUAAAGACACUAAAAAUAUUCCAAAAAAUAGAAGGAGAUGUAAAUUGUGUUGUUUGGGAUGCAUCUUUAGUUUUAGCAAAAUAUCUUGAAACUAUGUGUCAAAAUAAACCAGAUUUUCUGAGUGGUCUAAAAGUAUUAGAGUUAGGUUCUGGACUAGGUGUCGUCGGACUUACAGCAGCUACAUUAGGUGCACAAGUUACCCUAACAGAUUUACCAGAAGCAUUACCACUUCUACGGUUAAACAUAAAUGAAAAUAAAUCAAAAAUCUGUAGUAUGGGAGGAUAUGCUGUUGCUGAAUCAUUAGUAUGGGGAGACAGUUCAUCUGAGAUACUUAAAGAGGAGUUUAAUAUGAUUGUUAUGGCAGAUUGUGUUUAUUAUGAAGAGGCUGUUGAUUCCCUUAUAUAUACAUUACUUUGUUUAAUAAAUACUUUAGCAAAGAAACCAACAAUAUAUUUGACUCAAGAACUAAGAGAUACCGAAAUGCAGAAAAAGAUUUGGGACAAAUUUUACAUGUUGUUGAUAGACAAUUUUCAUGUUGAGAAAAUCCCAGAGGAGCAGCAACAUGUCAACUAUAGAAGUUCAGAUAUAGUGUUAUUAAAGUUAAACAAGAAAUGAUAUUUAUGAUAUCGUCACACUAGCUCAAAAUGAUCUUUUAAGGUGUUAUUAAUAAACAAGGUUUAGCAUUGGAGUAAAUUAACGCUGAGACAAUGCUUAGUAUUAGUCAAAAUCCAUAUUAAUUAAGAGAGACUUAGCAAAGGUUAACCUAGUAUGAGGUUCUAUGGGAGUACUAUUUACUCCUAGAAGGUAGUAAAAGUAGAGUUAUUCCCUGUAUAAUAUGAUUUUGGACUAAUACUAAAAUUAAUUUUAAUGUAAAUUUAAUCAUACUAAACUUUGUUUAUUAUUAUUGUAUUUAAUUUAAAUAUAGACAUGUAAUAUGUAAG